CGAGAAUCACAAACGCAAUCGCCCCGUACCAUUCAAAUAAUUAAAAGUUAAAUAUCAAGAUAAGAAGGUCAAGAAGACAGCAGGAAGCGUCUGYUGUAUCCAUAGGAACCGAGACUGCYGCAUCGCUCACUUUUAUUGUUAUAAAAGUGAAGAAAAAACARCAUUUCUUAAUGUUUUCUGUUCCUGGAGAGAAGAUAUGUCGCCCUGAUAUUUUAGAUACAACGGGUUUUGUUUGCAAAUUAACUCUUUAAUGGUAUUCUGCAAGUGAAGGUGCCUGAUGGAAGCAAACAUAAACAAUAAAAAUGUCCAACUUGGUUAAAAAAGUGAACCCAGAAGAAAAACCACCUCUGAAACCCACAAGAAUCCAGGCCAAGGCUUCGUAUGACCUCAGCAGGCUCCAGUCCCUGCUUGCCAGGAGCAGCUCCAGGCAGGAGGUGUCAACAUUGAGUCAUAGCCGAGCAGGCAGCAGCAGAGCCAGCAGGUUUUCUCCAAAACGCACCUGCAGGCAGAGGAGUGGGAGCGACGUCAGCACCGAAGCAUCCCAACUGGAUAAAUUCAGCACAACUUACAGAGACCACAGGAGCUUCAGCAGCCACCCUAUGAGUAAACUCUUCUUAGACAUUCUUACAUCUUUAGUCAAGAAUCGACUCUGCAGUGAAUGGAUCGACUUCGCUCCACCCGAGGCGGUCCUUAAAGUUCUCGUCUGCCUCCGGUUAUUGAUCAGAGAUCCCAACUAUCAGAAAGUUUUUCAUCAGCUUCAAGGCAUCGGUUUACUCGCCAGGUACAUGGAGUCUGCCUCCGUCACGUUCAUGUCCUGUGGCGAGCAGCUUGUCACGAUGACCUACAUGUUUCAGAAGCUGUCCUCUGCUGAAAACCAAAGGGUCUGGGUCAUCGAGAGCGGUGCUCACAGGACUCUGGUGAAGCUCCUCUCUACAACAGACAGCAGUGUUUUACACGGAGCCCUGCUYGCUCUCACUGCCUUGGCUGAGAGCCCAGAGUCCAGGGAAGAGAUUGGGGAGCUGCAGAUUGUGGAGAGCCUCCUUAUAAUCCUGCAGGAUUAUGAUCUGCUGUCAAAGAGGAUGAGCGCCGAGCUGCUGAGGCUCCUGUCUCCGGUCCGACCCGUCAGGCUCCAGUUGAAGGAGCUGGAGGGGGUACCGGUUCUGCUGAGCCUCCUGCACGGCCGGAACCUGCAGCUGCUGUGGAGCGUCACCUGGGUCCUGGUUCAGCUCUGCGAGGAUCCCGACACCAGGGCGGAGAUCCAGAGCUGGGGGGGAGCGCAGCAGCUCCUCCGGCUGCUCAGUAGCGACAGGCGGUACGUCUCCGAUCGCUCGGCCGCCCAGGGGUCCUGCGACGCCGGCGCCUCCUCUCACGUCCCGAGGGAGCAGACGACCGAGGAGCUCGUCCCACUCGAGGAGAACCGGAAGGUUUUGGCCCUGCAGUCAGCCUGCUGCACAGCUCUGACCGAGCUGAGUUUGGACGACACGUCCGCUCAUCACAUCGUACAGGAGAACGGGAUCUAUAUCGUCUCAAAGUUAAUUUUACAACAAAGCUGUGAACCAAAGGUCCCCUCCAUACAGUGCUACGCGUUCCGCACCCUCCGGUUUCUCUUCAGCGUCGAAAGAAACAGACACCUGUUUAAAAGACUCUUCCCCACAGACCUCUUUGAGCUGUUCAUUGAUGUUGGACAUUAUGUUCGAGACCUCGCCRCCUACGAGGGUCUGCAGACCAGAGUUUCCCUGUACACCGAAGAAGAGCUGGACCGUCUGAGAGAGAGCGUGGAGGCUCUGGAUCAGAACCAGCCUCCGCUCAGACUCAUCCACGGUUAUGCCGUGCUGGACCACCUGGGCACCGGAGCCUUCGGCAGCGUCUUCAAGGUCCGGAAACAGAGCGGGCAGAACCUCCUGGCUCUGAAGGAGGUGGACCUGCACAACCCGGCGUUCGGCAAAGACAAGAAGUCCAGAGACAGCAACGUGGAGAAAAUCAUCUCUGAGCUCACCAUCAUCAAAGAACAGAUGACUCAUCCAAACGUCGUUAAAUAUUACAAAACAUUUUUAGAGGGUGAAAAGCUUUACAUCGUGAUGGAGCUGAUCGAGGGAGCGCCGCUCGCUCAGCAUUUUAAUUCUCUGAAGGAGAAGCAGCAGCGGUUCACUGAAGACAGAAUCUGGAACAUUUUCAUUCAGAUGUGUCUGGCCCUGAGGUAUUUGCACAAGGAGAAGAGGAUCGUCCACCGUGACCUGUCACCCAACAACAUCAUGCUGGGAGAGAAGGAUAAAGUCACCAUCACCGACUUCGGCCUCGCCAAGCAGAAACGGGAGAACAGCGAGCUGAUGUCGGUGGUCGGCACCAUCCUGUACUCCUGUCCAGAGGUGGUCAAAAAUGAGCCGUACGGGGAGAAAGCCGACAUCUGGGCUUUGGGAUGUGUCCUGUACCAGAUGAGCACUUUAGAGCCUCCGUUCUACAGCAGCAACAUGUUGUCUCUGGCCAGCAAGAUCGUGGAAGGCGUCUACAGGCCGGUUGAAGAGGGGACCUUCUCGGAAAGAGUCACAGACAUGAUCAGAUGGUGUUUGAGUCCAGAUCCAGACCAGAGGCCUGACAUCGGCGCCGUCAGCUCCAGGAUCUCCGACAUCAUGAUGAGGCUGAUGGACAGACUCUACACCUCCCAGAAUGCACUGCAGCGGAGGGCCGACCGGGACAGGAAACGGGCUCAGCAGUACUUCCUGGAAAGGAACAACAGCAGGAUGAGCUGCUGUCAAUCAAAGCAGGAAAAUCAUCUGCUGAUGUCUGACUCUGUGGAUCACAGCUCCUCUGCAGCCGGCACCUUAAAGGAUGAAGGGUUGGAGUCAGACGUCACACCUGAGCACUCUGCUGACAGUGAGGAUUUUUCGGCUUCAAAGAUGAAACCCAGACCAGUUGGGAUCUGCGUGUCCCAGAAGAAGCUUCGACAGAUUGAAGAUCCCGUCCAGAAGCUGCUGAAGCAGCUGCACAAGCUCCUCUUCAUCACUCAGCUUCCCCCGGCGGCGCACCACAGCAUCAGACGGCGCCUCGUGGAGCGAUUCAAGAGGUCCCUCUUCCAACGCGGCAGCGAUCCGUCCCACCUGAAGGUGGAGCUCAGUAAGCUCCUGCAGGCGUCUCCAGAUCUGAUGGAGUUGAACCCAGGUGGGUCGGACCACUGGGCUCAGGUGCAGAACUUCAGCGGGGACCGUGGUUCUGCUGAGGGAACAGCUGCAGAGAAUCUCAGAGACGGAGUUACGUAUCAGCAGCUGCAGGUGAUCAUCGAGGAGCUCCUGCAGGAGAACAGUUACUAUGAAGCUUCACACAGCAGGUCCAAUGAGAAACUGAACGAGUCUGAACAGAAAUGACUGUUUCCUGUUCUCGUGUUGCCUUCCAAGUUUCCCCGGAAAUUUCAAUUCCCAAAUCGGAAGCGGCUGGUUUUUCUGCCAGGCCAGGCUAGUUUUUAAUAAACAGAAGUUUUUCAUAUAUUUAACAAACAAAGGUCGCAGACAGAGUUUGGACAGAGCUGAACUCAGAAGUGCUGAAAACUCGUUUUAUUAUCUCAGGUCACGAGUUACUUCCUGUUUAAAGGCCAGACUCAGGUUAGAGACGAUAAAGUUCAUCUAACGCUGUGGAGGAUUUCAGUCCAGUUAAAUCUUACUAAAGGUGAAACCUAAAAGCAAAAAACACUAUAAAUGUAUAAAAAACAUGCAUUUGUUUGCACCUAAUCUAAGAGUUUAUAUAAAUUAUUAUUUAAUGCACAAUGCAACUGUUUUUUCAAAGCAGAGUGUAAAUCUGUGAGCUCUGUACCGCUGAUUUCUGUUUUGGUUUUAUGUCGUGGAACCCUGACAGUUUGACGCUUCGCUGCAGAGCAGGUGAUUGUGAACCCAGACCACAGUUUCCUCCACAACACCGUGAGAAAAACCUUCAGCUUUAAUUCUGCACAUCAGAGUCAGACUGCAGGAGAGACGAACCUUCAACCAGGUCGCUUCGUCAGCCUUUUCUGCUCUGUUUACCUAUGUUUUUUUCCCAAAAUACUUUUCUUUCUGCACAUAAAAAGUGAUUUUCUGUCUAA